CCUUUUUUUCACGGGACACACACAGGAAGAGCCGCUAACUAACACUUACUUGUUCCUAAAAUGUCAGAGGACAGUAUUUCAGUGGCUCAGGACCAGUUUAGCUGUCCAGUUUGCCUGGAUCUCCUGAAGGAUCCUGUGACCAUUCCCUGUGGACACAGUUACUGUAUGCCCUGUAUCACAGACUGCUGGGACCAGGAGGAUCUGAAGGGUGUUUACAGCUGCCCUCAGUGCAGACAAACCUUCACUCCAAGACCUGCUCUAUCCAAAAAUGUGGUGUUUGCUGAAAUGCUGGAGAAACUGAAGCAGACGAGCCUCCACGCUGAGGGUUCUGCUCGGUGUUUUGCUGGACCUGGAGAUGUUGAGUGCGACGUUUGCACUGGAAGAAAAGGCAAAGCUAUGAAGUCCUGUUUAGUGUGUCUCAGCUCUUAUUGUGCAGGUCACCUCCAACAACAUAAUACUUUUUUCAAAGGGAAGAAGCAGCACAAGUUGAUGGAUGCCACUAGACGACUACAGGAGGCCAUGUGCCGUAAACAUGAUAAACAUUUGGACAUCUACUGUCGUACCGACCAGCGGUGCAUUUGUUAUUUGUGCGUAAUUGAGCAGCAUAAAAACCAUGACACAGUGACAGCUGCAGAGGAGAGGACAGAGAAACAGGAACAGCUGAGUAAGGAACAAAAAAACUUACAAAGGAGAAUCCAGCAAAAAGUCCAAGAGAUUCAGAAGCUGAGAGAGACUAUAGAGUCACACAAGCUCUCAGCACAGACAGCGAUGGAGAACAGUGAGAAGAUAUUCACUGAGCUGAUCCGCUACAUUGAAAGCAGACGCUUAGAGUUUACACAGCUGAUCAGAGGUCAGGAAAAGGCUGCCGUGGGUCGAGCUGAAAGACUGGUGAAGCGUCUGGAGCAGGAGGUUGAUGAUAUGAAGAGCAGAGACUCUGAGAUGAAGCAGCUUUUACAAACAGACGAUCACGUAUACUUCUUGCAGAGUUUCCGGUGUUUGUCUUCUCCUCCUGAAGCUACAGAUGUAGGCAACACACACUGCUCCGCUCUCUCCUUUGAGGAUGUGACAAAAUCUUUGUCUCUGCUGAAAGAGAAACUCAAGGAUUCCUGCGAACAGCAGAUGGAAAUGGUGUCUGGUGGAGUGACAUACGUCCAGAUCAUUCCCACCCCAGACCCCAAGACCAGGGAGGACUUCUUACAGUAUUCCCGCCAGCUCACUCUGGAUCCAAACACAGUGAACAAACGCCUUUGCCUGUCUGAAGGAAACAAACGGUCCUUCGUCACUGGCUCAGUCCAGCAGUAUCCUGAUCAUCCAGACAGAUUUGAUCAGUAUCUUCAGGUGAUGAGCAGAGAGAGUGUGUGCGGACGCUGUUACUGGGAGCUGGACUGGAGCGGCAGUGGCGGACUCGCUGUAUCAGUGGCGUACAAGAGCAUCGGGAGGAAGGGAAAAGGUGACGAGUGUGUGUUUGGGUUCAAUCGCCAGUCCUGGAGUUUGUUCUACAGUCUCUCCGGUUCCUCAUUCUUUCACGAUAAGAAACAGAUUAAGCUUCAUGCACCUCUCAGCUGCUGUAGAUUAGGAGUGUAUGUGGAUCACAGAGCAGGAACUCUGUCUUUCUACAGCGUUUCUGACACAUUAAUGAGCCUCAUCCACACCGUCCAGACCACAUUCACUCAGCCGCUCUAUCCUGGGUUUUUACUUGAUUUUGGAUCGACUGUAAAGCUGCUGUGAAAAAAGAGUGCUUAGUGUUAGACAGAUAACACACUUUUAAAGUUGAUAUAUCAGACAUACACCAGAGAAUAUGAUUUCUUUUUUAACAUCACUCAUAUUAUGGAUUAAAAUAAGGAGGAAAUAUGUGGAAAUGUUAAUUCUCAGUCUCUCUGGAUUCUCUAGAUGCGGCUGAAGGCAAAUUUAUUCGCCCUUCUGGGACGUUUUAAUUAUUUUUCAAAUAUUCCCAAGGCUAACAGAGAACAUUUUUAAAUAUAAUAGUCUUAUAACUAAUUUCUAAUAACACAUUUCUUUUGUUGGAAGUUUUUUACAGUGUAGGUCAUAGAAAUUUACUUGAAAGUCCUGGAAAAUUCAUUCAUUUUCUUUUGGGUUUAGUCCCUUUAUCAAUCCGGGUUCGCCACAGCGGAAUGAACCGCCAACUUAUCCAGCACAUGUUUUACGCAUCGGAUGCCCUUCCAGCUGCAACCCAUCUCUGGGAAACAUCCAUACACACUACAGACAAUUUAGCCUACCCAAUUCACCUGUACCGCAUGUCUUUGGACUGUGGGGGAAAUCGGAGGAAACCCACGCGAAACAGUCCAAACACAUGCAGGGAAAACAUGCAAACUCCACACAGAAACGCCAACUAACCCAGCCGAGGCUCGAACCAGUGAUCUUCUUGCUGUAAGGCAACAUUGCAAGAAUUAGAUGCUUUGUUUCCAGUGAAGACUUAGAGAAACUUGUUCAUGCUUUUAUCAGCAGCAGGGUGGAUUACUGUAACGGCCUCCUCACUGGCCUCCCCAAAAAGACAGUCAGACAGUUACAGCUCAUCCAGAACGCUGCGGCCAGAAUUCUGACCAGAACCAGGAAAUCAGAGCACAUCACACCUGUCCUCAGGUCUUUACACUGGCUCCCAGUUACAUUCAGAAUAGAUUUUAAAGUAUUAUUACUGGUCUAUAAAUCACUAAAUGGCCUAGGACCUCAUUAUAGAUAUGCUCACUGAAUACAAACCUAACAGAUCACUCAGAUCUUUAGGAUCAAAUAAACUAGAAAUCCCAAGAGUUCAGUCAAAGCAGGGUGAAUCGGCUACUAACAG